AUGUAUUUGCGUUUAGGCCUUAAACUCGUCAAUGUUCACAAAGUCUUGAAAUUUACUCAGAGUCCUUGGAUGAAACCGUACAUUGAUUUCAAUACACAAAAACGCAAAGAAGCCAAGGACGAUUUCUCAAAAGAUCUUUUUAAACUUUUAUUCAAUUCAGUCUAUGGAAAGCAACUUCAAAACGUCAGAAACUAUCAGCAAGUAGAAUUAAUUACAGAUGAAAAGAGACUGCGUCGAUACACGGCAAAACCAAAUUUCAAAUCGGUGAACAUUUUUUCGGAACAUUUGGUAGCGGUCAGCAUGGAAAAAGUGUUGGUCACUCUAAAUCAGCCCGUGUCCGUUGGCUUCACGAUUUUGGAACACGCUAAAUGUAUUUUGUACGACUUUCAUUACAACGUUAUGCUGAGAGAGUACGGUGACUGUUUAAAGGUGCUCAUGACCGACACGGACAGUCUGUUGUAUCAAAUAGCAGUUCCCGUGGGUAGAUCCCUCAGAGAUCCAUACGAUUUCAUGAACGCAAAUAUCUCUCUCUUUGACACGUCCAACUAUCCUAAAGACCACCCACUCCAUUCCGUGGAAAGACACAAAGCCAUCGGUGUCAUGAAAGAUGAAGCGGGUGGUAAAAUUAUUAGGGAAUUUUUAGGACUUCGGGCAAAAAAUUAUUCUUAUAUAGUGGACAAAAUUCUGGGUGUAACAAAGGAAGAACUGAGAGCGAAGGGCAUCCAGAAAACAUUUAUUCGUAAACAUCUUCGUCACGAAAUGUUCAAAGAGUGUCUUUUUGAACAUAAACAAACUAUGGCCUCUUAUCAUCAGAUUAGAUCUUUUCACAAUGAACUGUAUACCAUCAAAAUAAAGAAAAUUGCACUGACGCCAUUAGAUGAUAAGAGAUACCUUUUAGACGAUGGCAUCGAAUCUAAACCUUAUGGCUACAAUCCGUUGUAA